AUGCAGAACGAAUUGGAUAUUUUUUCAUUAACAAAAGAAAUUGAAGAAGAUUCAUCUGAAGAACAGGAUGAAUUUAUUAUUUCAAAACAAUUACAAGCACAAAACCGAAAAAAAAAAAAAUCGGGUGGCUUUCAGUCCAUGGGAUUAAGCUAUCCAAUAUAUAAGGCAAUACUUCAUAAAGGGUUUAAAGUUCCAACCCCAAUACAGCGCAAGACGAUACCAUUAAUUAUGGACGGUAAAGAUGUAGUGGGCAUGGCUCGCACAGGUUCCGGCAAGACCGCUGCAUUUUUGAUUCCGAUUAUAGAAAAAUUAAAAGUUCAUUCGGCAAAAGUUGGUGCUAGAGCGAUUAUAUUGUCUCCUUCACGUGAACUAGCCCUUCAAACGCAAAAAGUAUGCAAAGAGCUUACUAAAUAUACAGAUUUGAGAACUUGUCUAUUAGUUGGUGGUGACAAUUUAGAGGAUCAAUUUGCGAUUAUAGUAGCAACACCUGGGCGUUUUCUUCAUUUAAUUGUGGAAAUGGAGCUUGAACUUAAAAGCGUUGAAUAUAUUGUUUUUGAUGAAGCAGAUCGAUUAUUUGAAUUGGGAUUUUCGGCACAGCUUCAUGAAAUAUUGCAUAGACUACCUCAAUCACGUCAAACCAUGCUUUUUUCUGCCACUUUGCCAAAAUCACUCGUGGAAUUUGCAAAUGCUGGACUUCAAGAUCCAAGUUUAGUGCGACUAGAUACAGAUACCAAGAUUAGUGCCGAUUUAAUGAUGGCAUUUUUCUCUGUGAAACAAUUGGAAAAAGAAGCCGCAUUAUUAUAUCUUCUAUAUGAAGUCAUUAAAAUACAUCUUACCCCCACUUCAUCAGCCACUACAUCUAAAAAUCCUAAUAAUAAAGACGACAAUUCAUCAAGUACAAUGUCGCAAACUUUGCUAUCUAAUCAAACAAUUAUUUUUGUAUCAACAAAACAUCAUGUUGAAUAUAUUACAAAUCUUUUGAACCUUAGUGGAUUUCAAACAUCAUAUAUUUAUGGUUCUUUAGAUCAAACAGCUAGGAAAAUACAAAUAAAUAAUUUUCGUAGUGGUCGAACUAACAUUUUGGUUGUAACAGAUGUAGCGGCUCGUGGAAUAGAUAUUCCAAUAUUGGAAAAUGUAAUCAACUAUGACUUUAUAGAUAGUAGUAAAAUGUUUGUUCAUAGAGUAGGGAGAACAGCUAGAGCUGGCAAGAAAGGUUGGGCCUAUUCUUUAAUUACACCUGAAGAACUUCCCUAUUUACUUGAUCUUCAACUUUUUCUUGGCCGUCGAUUGUUAAUUGGUUCAGCCACAGAUUCAACACCUGAUUAUACAUCAGAUAUGAUUGUCGGAUCCUUUCCCAAUGACCUUUUGGGAUCUUAUAUGGAAUGGGUAAAAGGAAAACAACAAGAAGUUAAUGACUUGAAAUCUCUUUGCGAUGUGGCGAAAAAUGGUUAUAAGCUAUUUUGCAAAUCUAGAUCAUCAGCAGCUCCAGAAAGUUAUAAACGAGCAAAAAAAGUUAUAGAAAUGAAUAAUUUGAAUGACACGAUUUUAGAAAUAGGAACUAGAGGGAAAAAAAAGUCAUCACUUACCUCACCUAUAAUAAAACAACGUAAAGAAACUGCAGUGAAGGCGACAAUAAAUACAAAGGAAAUGCAAACAAAUUGUGAAAAUAUGCCUAAUGGUCAUGAAGACGAAACAAAGGAAUCAAAAAGAGCUCUUUUUGGUCAUCAAAAUGAUGAACAGAUUCCGGGUGCAAAUAAAAAGAAAGGUUUAAGAUGGGAUAGUAAAAAGAAGAACUUUGUUCGUGGUGAUGGCAUAGGGUCUGACAACAAAAAAUUUAUUAUCAGUGAAAAUGGAACAAAGUUACCGGCUACAUACAAAAGCGGGAGGUUAUGGCAACAACAUCAUAAGUUAUUAAUACCUCGUACUGGAGAAGAAGAAAUACAAUCAGCACGUUUUGACAUUAAAAAGUUUCGUCACAAAACAACUAACUCUUCCGAACCCUUGGACCCUCUUGCAACGAAUCACAGGAAAAAACCAAAGAAUUUGAAAAAAGCAAAUUCCCGAAAUUCUGUCAAGGCCAAGAAUGAACUCAAAACGGUAGAACAAAUUUGCAAGCAAAGAAGAAUAAAAGAAAAGCGAAGGUCUAAAAAUGCGAGACCUAGUCGAAAGGGACGACUCAAAAAGAAGUGA